AUGUAUAAAGAAGAGGGGGAUGAGCUUUUAGUCACCUCAGGUGCAACCUAUAUUGCUGUGGUUGCCAUCGAUUUUGGCACAACCUUUAGUGGCUUUGCUUUCGCCUUCAACCACAAAGAUGGAGAGAAAGGUAUCCAUAUGAAUAAAGAAUGGGGGACAGAUCAAGGCUACGCUACAAUGAAAGCUCCCACCUGCUUGCUGCUAAACCCAAACAAGAGUUUCAAUUCGUUUGGAUAUGAAGCACAAGAUAGAUUUGCUGAACUCGAGGAGGAGGAGGCCAGAGAAUAUUAUUACUUUGAAAAAUUUAAAAUGGUUCUUCACAAAGAUGAGGUAAUACUUCUAUUAAGCUUCCAAUUAUUUUUAGGGGUUCCAAUUGGUCAAAAUAAUUAGUAUUGUAACGUAGAUUUGUUGCUGAAACCUAAGGCAAAUUCACAACAUAACCCAGCCCUCUUCCCAACUACUUUCUGAAUAUAAACGUGUUGGCUAGUGCUCCCGAGCUGUUGACAUUAUUACAAGCAUUUUGUUAUUUUUCAAUUAGAACUUGAACAGAGAAACUACUUUGAAGGCAAGCAACGGGAGAGAUAUGGACGCUCUGACCAUAUUCACAUAUUCAAUAUAUUAUAUCCGCACGAAAGCCGUUGAAGUUAUCCGGGAGAGAACUGGUGAUGAAAACUUCGGCUAUGGUGAUGUGCAAUGGGUGCUGACUGUGCCGGCAAUUUGGAAGCCAGCAGCUAAGCAAUUUAUGAGAGAAGCAGCAUAUAAAGUAAGGCGUUUAAAAACAACUAUCAUUUUAAUGUGUUAUUCGCAAUGUUGGUUCUCUUCUUUAACCUUUUAAAAAUUGAGAGUGAUCAGCAUUAAAUUUCUCCAUGCUUAAAGCUCACAAGAUGAACCUAAUUGGCACUUUGACUACUUUGCUCCUAUAUUUCCUAGGACAUGUAUAAAUAGUGGCAACAAUUGAAAUUACCGUUUAAAGGGCUAGAAAUCUUAUACGAUUGAUAAGAACAAAAAACAACAACAACAAUAACAGAAAUAAUGAUAAUGAUAAUGAUGAUGAUGAUAAUAAUGAUAAUAAUAAGACAUGGAAAGAGAAUUGAGAAAACUGUGGAAAUUGUUAUCGGAGCACUGGGCACAAUCCCAAAAGGAUUAGUUGGCCAUCUUGAGAGCAUAGGUGUGAAUCUUGAUGUGGCUCAGAUUCAAAAGACUGCCUAAUAUUUAAUAGGAAUAGCAUGAAUCCUCUGACGGGUUCUUGACUACUAAGGUUGCAGGGUGUGACCUGUACCUGGAACUGGCUAGGAGUUGAUCAACACUGAGAGUAUAUACAAAAUAACAAUAACAACAAAAAUAAUAAUAAUAAUAAUAAUAAUAAUAAUAAUAAUAAUAAUAAUAAUAAUAAGAGUAAUAAUUUUUUUUAAAGAUACACACUUUUGGUUUAUUAAUAAGACUAAAUUGUAUAAUUAAUAAUAAUAAUAAACUUUUAAUAAUGACACUAAUUUUAUUAAAAUCUUAUAAAAAGAUGCACACAAAACUUCAGUAAAAUAUUCAUAGAUCAAUACAAAGUUCUGGCAAAACCCCUUCCCAAUUCAAAAUUCCAAGAAAUCUCAUAGAGUUAUAAAAAAAAUCAAGUCAAAAGUGUCAAUGGAUGAGAUAAAUGUCAAUGCCCUGAUUCUAAUAAUAUGGAUAAGAUUCGGAUCGAUGAGUGGAAAUAUAAAUCUAUUGCUGUUCAUUUUCCGUACCAAUUUCCCAAUAAGAAGAUGUAACUAAAGAUUAAGAGAUCGAUGAAAAAAAAAACAUUUAAAAAUAAGGAAACACAUCAAUAGUCCGAUUGAAUGGCACCUUCAACAACUUGAACGUCAAUAGCAACAUUCGUAAUGUCACAUGGCACUCUUCUUGUCCCAGAGCCUCUAAGACAAGCCAACGCAGAUCUCAAGAGUGCGAAUGAGGUUCUGGUUCUGAUCCAUGAGAUGGUUUUGGCAUACUGCUACCCUUUUUUGAUGGCAAUCAGCUUUGCUAAAUGGCUAUGAUACAUCAAGCACUCCUUUCCCAUUCCGCCAGUUGUGGUGAAGACCAAAGGUGUGAAUGCUCCAUGCUUGAUGUCCAGAACUCUCCUUGAGUAGAGACACUUUUUCUCGUUCUUAUGGAUACGAUAAAUUUGUUGUGGCUUUAAGUCCCUAUAUGAUACAGCUUUAGGGUGACAGACCCUCGCAUCGAAGAAUGUUGAUCUAUGGCAUUCCCAGAAACCAUGUGUGCAGAUAUCUAACCUCGCAUCCUGAGCUUUAUUAGAUCCUCUGUUUAAAUGUUCGCCAGAGAUGUCUUGCAGGACAAUAAUAACAAUAAUAACAAUAAUAAUAACAAUAAUAAUAAUAAUAAUAAUAAUAAUAAUAAUAACAAUAAUAAUAAUGUGUGUGACCAGUGCAGUAUGUGCACUGGCAACUGAGUAGGAAGGUCAAACUGAAACGUGCAGAUCAGUGGUACCAACAUACCCCGAGAGGCAGAGAGUCUGGAUUGGGUCAACUGACAACUGACAAAUAGCCUAAAAUUUAACCAUCGCCAGAAAUUUCAAAUCAACAUGCGCAAGUAUCCUAGUAGUAUUUAUGUUAAACUUAAUGAAUACGUACCUCAGUUGCAGGUUUUAUCCGUUUCGGUUUUAAGGUAAACAGAUGUGCAAAUUGACUGUAAAGGACUUGUAUGGCUGUCGGCGAUAAAACGCCGAAACAGGGCCCAGUUAAAGUGUUCCAGUUCGCGUCCAAGUUCGUCGGGUACAACCACUUUGCAUCGGUUCUGCGAGUUAAAGAUGCUCACUUUCAGGUCCAGUUACAUUUUGCACUUCCCGAUAGAAAGUUCUUUCGGUUUUUUAACUUUGAAAACACCGUAAAUUUCAGUAUGGACUCCACGGCGAAAUUUUCCGAUAUUCAAUAUCUCCGGGAAAAAUCGUCCAAAUUUCUUGCAAAACGUCUCUUUCGAGAGAUAAUACACAUUUGAGAAUAAUUGACAGUUUUUUCGUUCAGCGGCUUCUUUUUGAGUGUAAAUAUGGUCAUGUUUGUGUAUCGUAAAAAUGAGCCCGUACUCGGCCAGAUCUCAACGGUGAGUGUAAAAGGAGGAAUGAGUUUGCGGAAUGGCAUGUGGCGCGGCUUGCGGAAUGACAAAAUUAUGCGCAAUGUAAAAUGUGGAAAUUGGCGCAAAGAAAUAAAUUAAACUGAAAGGCAUGCGCGCGUAAUUGCCGCGCCUUUUUUGGCGCCAAUUUGAGUGAGCAACUGCUUUACUGGUUCACGCAUAUAAAAACAUACCUGAGACGGCUAGGGUUCCUGAAGGCAGCCUCCAAACGAAAGCAUUGAAGUCCGGUAAAUAUAGUGAGGCGUGACCAAAAUAAAUACUUGUGCGUUUGAUUUUUUGCUUCUUCAAAAACUGUCGGCACCGAAAAUGUUACUCCUUCGAUCAAGAAUUUCGUUGCGUUACUACCUUGAUUUCGUGACUGUCAUUUUGACAGCUCCGUCUCUUCAAACGUACGUUGUGCCACGUGCAGUCACGGAACAGACUGUCACGCAGAGUCGCGGGCAGGUAAAGUUCAGUGUUUCAAAAUGGCUAAAAUUGACCCAGUUUCACCUUUUAACCCCAUUCUUUGAUUGAAAAAAGCAAUUUUGCAAAGGGAAAACCUACAAGACGUACGAAAAACGAUCCUUUAGGCUGUAAAUAUCUAUUUAUGUGCGUUUCGAAAUUGGAAGUGUUUAAUUACACGUGCAAAAUACAGACAAUUACCGCCCGCCUACCAUGAAAAUUCCUGAACUUCGAUGGUGUCUUACAGAGAUUUCCUUCACUUACCCAAGCCAAUUCCCAGGUAUGUUUUAAAUGAAUGUCUAAGUGUGUGAUUUAAAUAGCAAGAAGAGAAUUUGGAGUUAUACCACAUGUUAAAUCUUGCCGUCGAAAAUGAGUAACGAACUUAAAUUUUUGUUAUCCUGGAAACCUAUCCCUCAUUUUUAAAAUUAUUUCAGUACGACCAGCUUCCCUAUUGUCCAGAAAGUAUCUUCUAGUGGAAGGAAAAGAUUUUUUCUGUUCGUGGAAAGUGUCCAAAUUUCUCCAUCCAGCUUCGUUUGCGAACACGAGGAAAGUUGAUGAGACUCCGACAUCGAAAACCGAAUGGAUCUUCUAUUCUUUCUCACGAAUAAAAGGCUUUCGGCGGGAACAAUCUACGUUAGGUUUCUUAUAUUCCUAAAAGCUAUCUAUGAACAAAAAUGAAAGAAAUUGAUUUUUCAACUCUUGCCACGAAAUUAAGAUUUUGGUCGAUUUUUCUGUUUCGCACGUCUCAAGUUCGCAACUGAGGAAACAAAAUACAAGAUUCGAUUCAUCUCUGAAUAUUGUCAGUUAUGUCACGAUCACGUACGGUUUCGAAUACAAAUACAGGUAACAAGAAACUGUUAAGUUAAUUGUACAAACAUCUUUUGCAGAAAAAAUUAAAGUAGAAGGGAGCGUGACCUUCGAAAACAUCUUUUCUUCAAUAGAGGAAGAAUCUUUUUGGCUGUGCCGAAAAGGCUGGUCGACAAUGAGCGUGGUUUUUUGAUUGUCAUCGUAUGUUAAGCCCGCAACAUUAAAACAGCGGCUGCGUUUGCAAAUUGAUUGGCGCCAAAAAAGGGCGUUCUUUUCAGUUUAAUCUAUUUCUUUGGAUCAUUCAGCUCCGUAAAUUAAAUUCCGCAUAAUUAUGUCAUUCCGCAAACCAUGCCACAUGCCAUUCUGCAAACUCAUUCCGCCUUUUACCCUCACCGAGAUCUGACAGCGCCUUAGAUCAUUAAAAGAAACUUAUUCAUAUAAUUAGCACGAAAAUUUUGUGUCGAAAUUUCCGGCGUGAAAUUUGGCAUUUGCCUUGGGUUUCACUGACAACUGACAAAGGACCCGAUUGUCCCUUAUUUUCUUCAUAACCCGUUUUUAAGGCCUUAAAUAGAAUUGUCCCACUCUUUUCGUCUGACAAUGUGAUCAAAUGUGCGUUUUGGGGGUAAUCUUAGCAGCAAGACACUUAAAUGUCAUAUUUCGUUAAUGAUUUACUGUAAAUGUAACAUCUGUUGUAAAUGAAUUGCACUCCUCUGAGAACGCGCCAGCGUGCGAUGGUUGAUAACGAGGGCGGUGCAAAAACAGUUGCAAGUUUUUACCGUGAUGAUUCAAAUAAGGUCUCCUUUGGCCUUCCUUACGAUCCCCGUCCCAAUAUUAUAGCUGUCAAUUUUUCUGAGUGGAAUGCGGGAGAUUUUCACCUUGUCAUGAACGAGAUUUCGGGAAACGUCCCGGCGACUUCCGAAAAUUUCCGACGAAUUUCCGAAGACUUCCGAACGAUUCCCGAACGUUGCUGAAAACUAAAUGUCCCCAGACGUUCCGAAGACGUUUGAGUACUUCCGAAGCUACUUAAAAGACGACAAUUUUAGCGAGCUUUUGUUUCGUUAUAGUGUGCAAAACAGUCCGUUCUUUUGCGUAUUAAAGUACUUGCGAACAGUCGUGUGAAACUCGAGCUCUUCACGCGCGUGAGACUCUAACGCUAUUCUUUCGCUACGCUAAACCGACUUUGAAGAUAAAAGACCGACUGUUUUGCAGUCUAGUUAGAACACAAAAAAGUACACAAAGUCAUCAUGUGUUAAAGAAGAGUUUGUCCUCAUUUGCGAGUCAGGCGUGAGGAAUUGUCCUUGAUGCGUGAGAUCGAUGUCUUUAGACCACAGGCGUGAGAGUUGGCAGGUAUACAAUAUUCUGAAGAUACAAAUUUUGAUUGGCCUAAUGGUUGGAAAUUUUAAACUCUGUUAGCAAAAACGUUCGAGUAGAGAAGAGAAGCGCAAAACUUGAGAAAUGGAGGGUCACCUAAAAUGCUUACACUAGCAAAGCUAAUAAAAAUUAAGGUACCAUUGCAUCAGUUUUCGAAUUUAACGUUUAAAUUAUAUUAUAUGUGCCUCUUAGCGAAUUGUGAUCGGCGGAACAUUGAGAGCUGUAUCCGAUAUGUUCGAAAUAUACACGUUAGUAUCAGAGUGAGGACUGCUUUGGGACCUUUAGGAGCUUGUUAUUGCUUGCUUCAAUAGUUAUUGACCAAGCAAUGUAAACCCUUUAAGCCUGAGAUCACAAUCAAUAUUAUAAUAAUAAUAAUUAUGAUAAUAAUAAUAAUAGUAAUAAUAAUAAUAAUAAUAAUAAUAAUAAUAAUAAUAAUAAUAAUAACGGCAACGGCAAUGGCAACAACAACGACAACGAUAACGAUAACAAUAAUAGCAAAGAUAAACCUGCUUGCUGAAGACAGUAGCUUAUAGAAUUAGAUACACAACCUCGUCCCCAGGGUGCUUUUCCCUGGCUUUGGAGGUGGGAGACAAGGUGGUUAGAUAGAAUUGGCGUCUUGUUGUGAGUCAUUUUAAAACUAUUUCCCUGUUAUUUUAGGCGGGCUUAGCAUCACCAUCCAAUCCAGAGCAGGUGCUUACUGCAUUAGAGCCUGAGGCGGCCUCAGUAUACUGCAGAGAGCGUAAAGUGUGGGAGUUUAUCAAUGAGUGCGGGAGCGCUGAGUCUUCAUUGAUCGACACUCUUUCUUAUCCAAAAACGCAGUACGUGGUGGUCGACAUCGGAGGUACGAAAAAUGAAUUACAGAAUUAACUACUGAUCUUAAUAGUUUUAAGCAUGUCAUCCAGAGCUCUUCAAGGAGUGAAGUCAUCAUCAUCAUCAUCAUCAUCAUUAUCAUCAUCAUCAUCAUUUUCACCCUCCGUCUUCCCCUCAUUUUCAUCAUCAUCAUCAUCAUCAUCAUCAUCAUCAUCAUCAUCAUCAUCAUUUCCAUCCUUACAAUCAUCACAGUCAUUAUCAUCAUCAUCAUCAUCAUCAUCAUCAUCAUCAUCAUCAUCUUCACCCACCUUGUCCUAAUCAUCCUCACCAUCAACCUCGUCCCCAGGGCUUUUACCUCAAAAAAUGGGUGGGGCGGGAAAAGGCCCUGGCAUCGGCUGGUCACGUGUCUCCUCGCACACCCUAGAAUCCUGGGUGUAAUAAAUUAGCGCCAUGUGAAAAGCUAAAAUUAUGCGUAACCUCACAGCGCGCGAUCUUGGGCAACCUUUUAUAUCUCUUGACGAUUAACGAAAAGUUUUACAAGGUUUCCUUUAUGUCACAGAUACUGGCUAUGAUAAUUUUUUGCUUUCCUCCUAUUUCUAUGAAGGGGACAGCGAGUAAUAUUUGUAAAACUUCUGUUUAUAGAGCGGUAUAAAUGACAAACAAGCUAUCGUACGUGCAUAAAGGUUGUGUUGGAAAAGUCCGCUUUCUCUACUCUUCUGAUAUUUUAUUUCAUUUCUUGCGAAGUGGGCCGCCGUACAUAGCCUAGUUCUAUUCACCUUAACUCUCAGCCAUAUCAUAUUGACACGCGUUGGUUUAGACUUAUCCUGUAUGACCUGUAUUUUUAAAAAAUUCAUUGACCUCUGCGAUCAAACGAAUGGCAACAAAAAAAAUGGGUCUAUUUAAAAUUGACAGAGCUGUAGUUGAUUCCAAUCGAUCAGUCAAUCUUCCCUUUGAUAUAAGGAAAAUCCUUUGUACUUAUCCUCGGAAUAGAAAAGAUAUAAGAGUUCUUCAAAUGUUUCAGAUCGGCGACCUGUCAUCGUUCCUGGCUUGAGGGCUGACUUGUAUCCGGCGCGGAGAUUUGUUUGUUUCAUGGUCGCGGGUUGUAGAGAAGACCAGACUUCAUAAAGCAUUUGAUGAACUAUUCUAUUUCAAUUAAGUUCAAUUUCUUUAAAUUCACUGCAGAUCCUGAAGGCAAAGGCCCGCAUUUUUGUUUGACAUUGGACAAAAUCACUUCCCGCUUGACUGUUCAGUAAUUCCACAGUCACGAUGAAGUUUACAGGGUGUUUCAAAAGUUCGUUCCGAUUUUUUAUUCGCUUAAAUUUCACUAAUUAAAAAAAAAAAUCCUUUUCUAAAACUUUUGGUAUGUUAUUCAUUAUUCACUCAACAUUGAAUAACUAAAAUAUUAGUAAACAGAAUGUCUUUUUGUAUGUUUUCUGACAUUUUCUAAGCAGUGAGGUAUAGAAUGUACGAGCUCCCAAAGCGUGUCCAAAGUCACAUUCUUCCAGGCGAAGCGUAGUCACUGUCUUAGCUCGUCCAGUGUUUUGGGGGCGGGAGCUUUGUAUGUUGUCUCAUCUACGAUAAUCCAGAUGGUCUCUAGGGGGUUCACAUCAAGUGAGUUUGCCGGCCGGUCCUCCUUUGGUGUAAAGUUUGCAAAUCCUUCUGACACCAAGCCUGCAUGAAGUGUGCACCGCCUUUUUCUGUUCAAGGCUUUCCAACCUUUUCUGGUAACUUAUCCCCAUACCGUUGUGCUCGAAACUUUGAUCGAUAAUGUAAAGUUGAAUUUUUUUUACCUUUCUGUUUUGUGGAAUAAUUUGGCAUAUACUUACGGCUUUUUCGAAAAUAUUUCUCACACAGUUUGUGAAAAAACGGCCAUCCACUCCUUGGUUUGUGUUCUAAGGUCUUUACUUUUGACCACUUGUUCGGUCAUCGUUCAGACUUCUUCAAUUUUUUUUGGACUGAAUGGCCAGAAGACCAUAAAAUUAGAUGCCUGAGCUCUAGCACAAACAGUGUACGCCUUCAUUUUCGUGAAGGAGUAGAGGAAAUAAAAGAAAGCGUUAAAAAUACCAAAAUAGAAAACCUUCAAAAUGAGCAGGAAAAGUAUGGCGGGAAAAACCUCGUGUACGUGUACAGUUAGGGCAAAAAUUAAAAAAAUAUAUAAUUUCUUCAAAUUCUAGUUUGAAAUUGCUUUCAACGGUUAUUUAGAUAAAUGUCUUACCUGAAUCAGUUUACAUUUGCCUAAAGAAGCAUUAAAUGCUUUGCGUAAAAUACAAUUUACAAUCGGAACGAACUUUUGAAAGACCCUGUGGUCGAAGUGGGACAUAAGGGACCAGUCAUAAUUUAAGUUGGAGGGGGGAGUGGAGGAGAAAUUGUUUUUUAUUCCAAAUUUUUUCCAGACCCCACUACUAGCACCCAUGUUUUUUAGGUACCCCCCCCCCCCUUCAAUCAUGUUAAAAGAUUUAAGGGCCCCCCUUUCUUAUACAUAAUACCCAAAUGGUAAUAACAAAUAACAUUUUCUUUACUUUACCGCUCUUACUCACUGUCACUUCCGAAUGUGCCAACUAACAACAGAGAAGCACUUCACACUAAACUGAGAAAGAGAUUUCACGUAUAGCCUCUCAAACUGCUUAUAGAGCAAGGAUAUAUCAGUGAUUGUGUUAUAAUUGAGAUAAGACAAGCCAUCGAAAGGUGAGAGGCCGACAGGACGACUUCAAGGAAGAAAGAAGAUAAUCAGCCAAAGCUUACUGCUUUUUAUAUGAGCAGUACAUGCUCUAAUAGCGAAAAACUUGACGGUGACACAGACAGUGAGUCCGCAUCAACCUCAUCUACAAAUAAUGAUUCGGAUAGUGAGAUUGCAUAACAUGACUUUAUGCAUGUUAUCAUUUGUUAAAAUGCCGAUUAAAUUGUUUCAGUGUUACACAAUACUGGAUGUUGUGUUGAUGCACCUACCUAUUUGAGCAUUAAAUCUUUUUGUAAAAAUGCUGAUUAAAUUGUUUUAGUAUUACACAAUAUAGGACUUUGUGUAAAACUGAAUCAAAGUCAGGUCCUUUAAUACUCAAACAUCAUGCUGCUCAGUAGGGAUGCUACUUAAAAGAAACUUGAAGAACCCCCAAGGUCAUCUUUUGGCAUUUUAAGGCCCCCCAUAUUCCAUCCCAAAAAAAUUGAAGGCCCCCCAAUUUCUCCUCCCCCCUCCAACUUAAAUUAUGACUGGUCCCUAACAGCUUGUCUCAACGCUGAAGCAUUUGACAUAUUUUGUACGUGACAACGUAGAGCCGGUCUGCCCUUUCAUAAACUUCUUGCAUUUGAAUAAUGCGCAAUUAAAUGGAACUUAAAGGAACAGUAUCCCGUUACUGCGCAUGCACCAAACUUUGAUUUUUGGACAGGAUGUCGCGAAAUCAAAAGAUGCGAGGAGAGUAAGAGAAUCUUGAAAAAUCCGUUUGCAUCGCGCUUGGCCGGGUUCAAUACGACACUAAACCUUCUCAGGAUUAUAGAUCAAUGAUAUAUUGUUCCUGUUAAGUUUCGAUUUGGGCAAAAUCUGGAUUUUUUGGCGUUACUUUUAUUGCCGUUGGCCGGAGGACCAAAAGAUUAGAAGCACUUUGAUGCCGAUUGAAGGCUUAUUUCUUCUGCUAGCUUCCAUACAAGCUCAGAUAAUUGUGAAAGGAAUACGCAGAAAUGAAACAGCAACAAUAAAGACUGUAAGAAAGAAACCUUUGAGACAUUGAUGUGACUGAGGAGAUCUUGUGGAGGGGAGCUUCGUGAAGCAGAAUGUUUUCCAACGACGCGUUAGUAAACUUUUGAAUGAAUCUCCCUACGGCCGACAAAAUCGAACAAACAGGCGCUACUUGUUUUGAAAAACUAGUGACAUGAAAUCAUAAUAUCAUUUUUGACUAACCUUUGUGAUGAUUCAUAGCGUUGAGAUUGCAUUUUUAUUUAUGUCUUUCAAACGUUUGAGGCUAGAACGCGAGCAAAUCAGGCAGAUAUUACUGGACUUGGAGCUACUGACCUCUGACACGAGUUUCAAAUUAGAAGAUAUGUUUUUAAAGCGAGCGGAACGAGAUUUUCGGGUCGCGAGGCGGCCCAGCUAGCGAUAAAAUCGCGAUGAGUCUUCGAACCGCGAGCCAAAUUUUUAUAUACGACGAAAGACUUCUUCGAAAGUGUGAAAUAUUACUUGAGAAUAUAAACAACAAAUCUCUGUCGGCGGUGCGGUCCGGAAGGAAAUCUUGUCGAGUCAAUUUGACAGUUCUAUUGUCUUUUGAAGAAAAAACAGAUGACGCUCGCGCGUGCGCAUAAUCGGGACACUGUCCCUUUAAGCUUUUGAAUCGCACACACGCGAAAAUAUUGACAUAGUUCGCGACGUUAGUAUUUUCCAUUGUUGUUGCCUUCUGUCAGUGCAAAACCAGCGGGUUUAGCUUGUCAGGAAUAUUUAGGCUGUACACGUGACCAGACGAUGCCAGGGCCUUUCCCCGCCCCACCCAUUUUUUUUAGGGAAAAGCCCUGGGGACGAGGUUGACUCACCAUUAUCUACAUCACCCUCAUCGUUUUUUUCAUCCUCAUCUUCACCUUCAUCUUCAUCAUCAUCAUCGCCAUCCUCAUUCUUAUCCUAAUCUUUAUCUACAUAAUCAUGACAAACCCUACUGUUUAGUGUUUCUAAAUGCUCCGUCUUUGAUCUGCUAGGUGGUACUCUCGACGUGACUGUGCAUGAGAUCCAAGAAAACGGUACAAUAAAGGAGAUCCAUCAAGCAACUGGCGGUCCUGCUGGUGGACAAAAUAUAAAUAUCAAGUUCAGAGAACUUCUGGAAAAAAUUUGUAGCAAACGAAUAAUUGAAGAUUAUAUCCGUGAACAUCCAGUCGAUUGGUUGUACUUAAUGAAUGACUUUGAGGUCAAAAAACGCGGAAAACGGGUCUCUCAAGGAGCAACCACAAGAAUUCGUUUGCCAAACAGCUUUGUGAGCAAAUUCUCGAUUGGAAAGGGCUGGGAUAUAAACACAUUUAUCCAAGAGCAUUACAGUCUUGACCACAUCAAGGUUCAACGGAACGAGUACCUUUGUCUUGAAGCAAAAGUCAUGAGAGAACUUUUUGACCCAGUCUUGGAUCAAAUAAAUACACAUCUCUCAAACCUUUUUGCCAUGGAGAACUUGUCUGGAGUUAAAUACGUCUUUCUUGUCGGAGGGUUUGCGGAGUCAGCACUACUUCAAGAGAGAAUAAAAAGGCAUUUCGGCCACAGUUAUCGCAUUAUGGUUCCUCAGAACGCCUCACUUGCAGUUGUCCAAGGAGCCGUUAUGUUUGGCCAAAACCCUGAGGUCUUCCAGUCUAGAGUAAUGACUGCUUCCUAUGGCAUCCGUGUACACAGGCUAUUUCUCGAUGGUCUUCAUCCCGAGUCCAAAAAAAUUGUCGUCAACGGGAUCUCCAGAUGCAAAGAUAUCUUCUUCAAGUUCGUGAAAGUGGACGAGGUGGUAAGAGUCGGCGAAAUUCGUCGUUUCCCUGGCUUUGCACCUUUGACAGGAGACCAAAAGCGAAUUAAGGUCGAUUUCUACCGGUCGGAAAUCGCUGAAGCGGAAUUUGUUACAGAUUACGGCGUACAGAAGGUCCCCUGCCAAGGAUUGGUACUAGAGACACCGGAAGCUUGGAAAACGAGAGACAUCGAAAUAAACUUGAGCUUUGGAGGAACGGAAAUAAAGGUGACAGUUGUUAAUCCAACAAGUAAUAAGCAGUGCACUGCUUACCUGGACUUCUUAACCAAAAAUGAGUAG